CAGGCGGAGACAUGUCUUCGGGGGUGGCCGCGCGUCGCGACGCCAAGAAGCUUGUGCGCUCGCCAAGUGGCCUGCGCAUGGUGCCGGAGCACCGCGCCUUCGGAAGUCCUUUCGGCUUGGAGGAGCCGCAGUGGGUUCCGGACAAGGAGUGUCCAAGAUGUAUGCAGUGUGAUGCCAAGUUUGACUUUAUCACCAGAAAGCAUCACUGCCGCCGCUGUGGGAAAUGCUUCUGCGACAGGUGUUGCAGCCAGAAGGUGCCACUUAGGCGCAUGUGCUUCGUGGACCCGGUGCGCCAGUGUGCCGACUGUGCCCUGGUGUCCCACCGCGAGGCUGAGUUCUACGACAAGCAGCUGAAGGUGCUCCUGAGUGGAGCUACCUUCCUUGUCACUUUUGGGGACUCAGAGAAGCCCGAGACCAUGGUUUGUCGUCUUUCCAGCAACCAGAGAUGCUUGAUUCUGGAUGGAGACAGCCAUCAUGAAAUCGAGAUUGCACAUAUCUGUACUGUCCAGAUUCUCACAGAAGGCUUCACUCCUGGAGUAGAAAAAGACAUUCACACUUACACCAGCCUCCUGGGGAGCCUGCCUGUCUCCGAAGGCAGCACUCGAGCCGCAGGCAUGCUCCUGCAGUACACAGUGCCAGGGGCAGAGGCUGUAGCACAGUUGAGGCUGGCGGCUGGAGAGGACGCACAUGGCAGCAAGAGGCAGGCAGCAGCGUGGCUGGCAGCCAUGCACAAGGCUACCAAGCUCCUCUAUGAAUCACGAGACCAGUAACUUCAAGGGAGCUGAGCUCCGAGCAUGUCGGGUUACAGAGUCCAAGCUGCUUGCCCCUGCCCGUGCACCCAGGGUUCUGCCCUGUGUGUGCCUGGAAAUGCAAUUCAAGUCUGGAAGCAGAGUAUUCACUUACCUAGUGCAAUAUGUACACGGCUGAUUAAUGCUUUAGAGAGCUUAUGCUGUACUGCAUCGCUGGUACUUGAGUAGGGUUGGGAGAAAGAAGCUGCACUACAGUACUGCUAGACCAGGUUUAGUGGAACCAUGUUUCUGUAAACUUCAGGUUCAGUAGACAUUUUUGGCCCUGUUCCCACACAAACAAGUUCGGUGGUGACCGCUCAGGCCCCUGGUUUAGCAUUGGGCCCUUCCGUUCUCAGUAGCCCACUCACAAUGCCUUAGCCUGUUUCUGUCACUCUGCUGUCACUAACCAGGGUGAGGGACAGUCCUUGUGCUAUGUCUCUAAGGAGAAGGCAUCAGCUUUCUGUUUUCUACUUUCACUUACUGUUUCACUUUAUUAAAUUGACUGUACAGUAAUUUGUAUAUAAAGUGUAUGAUUAAAACUUAUUUUGAAAGUACA